GUUUUGGAAGGACUAGCGUUUUUGCUAGGCUCAGCGUGCAUGCAGCUUGGAGCCUUGGACUCGCAAGAUGCCCCGUUCUAGCCUUAGCACGUGGCCCUUGGCAAGCUUAUAGCUGCCUAUAAUUAGCACACACGAUGAUACUUUAAGCAGGUGGCCGUUGUUGGCCUUUGGCCAGUGUUCAUCGCUAUGCCCCAGGAAGCCUUGAUUCGUGCUUUACUGGAGGGCCAGGUCGAUGCAAGGCUUCAUAGGCCGCUUUGGCGCUCAAGUAACCCUCUGGAAAGCGCUUCAAGUGGUAGUGGGUUAGAAAACAGCUUCGAGAAACGGGCCGCAGCUGACAGUGAAGCCCUUUGCGACGCUGAUGUGCGCUUAUAUGGCGAUUUGCGCCGUCGGGCCCCGGUACCGAACGCGGGUUUGCAUCGAGUGCACCACAGAGACCACAAGGCGCUUAUCAACGCUCAUGGGGGCAGCGAACAUUUGGACGACGCCGCAAGCGGCCAAGCGGCGGGUGAACUUGACUUACACCAAUCGCUUGGCACGGUAAGCAGCGGACCUUCGGCCAGAAAUAGCGCCGUAGGUGACGCAGUGCGCAGCUUCAGCACCCCGGGAUGCGACUGCAGCUGCUGCGCCAGUCCAGACAUCGCUGAAAAGGUCCUGUGCAACGACAUGCUGGGCGAACAUGGCCAGUAUACUUGCGCCGGCUGCUGCUGCAUAAGACGUCCCCGCGUGCGCCGCAACGGCUUCCUCUCUAUCCGCCGCCGCCGUAACGGCUUCCUGUCCAUUCGCCGCCGUCGCAACGGCGUUCUGGCCUCUGACGCGGUCUCCUUUGACGGGUCAGGUCCGGUGGCCCCUCAUGCCGCGGUGCCUCUAAGUGCUUUGCCGUACCUACAAUCCUUCGAGCAAGGCAGCGGCAGCGGCAGCUUCUGCUGCGCCAACUGCUUUCGUAACGAGGGCUUGAGCGACGGUGACGCAGAUUCCGAGGAAGCUGCUGAUGGGGAUGGUCUCGAGGAGCGGCCCAGCUUCCUGCGGCGUGCGGAGGCGGGCGCUACCAGCACAGACGGAGGAGCGGAUGGGCAUGAGGAUCGAACCGGGGAUGCAGGCGGUCAUGCGCGGAGAGGGGCUUGCAUGUGUCAUCGGCCGGGUUGCUGCCAGCGUCACCAUCACCAUCACCUGCACCACCACCUGCAACACCACCACCAUCCGCAUCACCAGCACCAGCAGCAGCAUCGUUAUCAGGCGUUUGCCAGCCGGCCCUCCGAUAUGCAUCACGGCGGUGCCGGCAGCGGCAGCGCUGCCGCCCACCAGCAGGGUUACAGCCGUGUCGGAGGCAGCUGGAGGCAGCCAGGAUAUGCGGAUCAGGGGCUGCAGGAGGAGGAAGAGGAGGAGGAGGAGGAGGGGUCAAGAGAGGGCGCGGACAUGGAAUUCAAGUUGGAGGAGGGGUCGGAGGACGUACGAAGCUGCGACAACGCCUGGUACCCGCGGUGUAGAGGCAGGCCUUAUGAGCAUCUGGUGGGCCAACCGCACAUGGGCAGUCGCAGCCUGUCGCUUCCCGUGCUGCCCAACACGGACCCUGGGCCCUAUGCGUGCUUGGGACUCAGUCCCCGAGCUGCGCCCCCCCAGUCCUUGCAGUCUAGUGAGCCCCCUGCGGUGCCGCCUCGGAAACCCAGGUUGCUUCCGCCUUCACCCCAGCUGCAGCCGCUACUGCUGCCACCUCCACCCCCACUGCAACCACCCUCGCAACCACCUCUCCCGCCGCAACCAGCGCUGCAGCCGCAUGUGGUUGGGGACGGGCAUGACUCCGCGGGCCGCUCGCCCGCGCCCCCGUGCCUACCGGUAACCAAAGUGCUACCAAAUGCAGCCGACGAGCGCAGCAGCAGCAGCAGCAGCCUAGCCAUCGGGCAGCACUCGCUCGACGACUCCCAAGCGCCCGCACACCUGAGGGCUGUCGGCACCACAUCGGGGGCACCGCGGGGCAGCCGCUUCGCCGUCGCGGCGAGCAGUGCGGCCCCACUGGACCUCCUCCCAGCCGGAGCGCUGCACCCGCCGGCAGCAUGCAUGCAUGAGGCGCCAACAGCGGCGGUGGAGGCUACGGGUGCUCCGUCUCAGCCUCGUGCUGCCGAUGCAAGCGCCCUCCUCGCUCCUCCGCGUGUUCGGAACCACACGGCGCCCCCAGCUGUCGCGCCCAACGGCUGUCGCCGGAAGCUCCUGCCACUGGCCAACCCGAGCUGGCGUUUGCAGUCCGGGGGGGAGCAGGGAGGCUUGGGGUCGGGACCGGACGCUGGCACCCCCAUUAGCGCUGCCACCUCCACCGCUGCUGCUGCCGCCGCAGGGCCGCUGUCAUACGGCGGGGCCAGCGGGUCCUACGCGACCCCCCAUGCCAGCUCCUGCCCCACGGGAACGGCUCCCACCGGCGGUCAUUCAAUACCUCCUGAAAAGCGCGGGAAGGUGUUGCUGCUGCCACACGAGCCGCCUGUGGACGCCGCAGCAUCAGGUAACAGACAUAGCGACAAUAAGCCGCUUGAUGAGGGUGAGGAUGAUGAGGACGAAGAAUCCCUCAGGCGGCCGCCGCGGCGAUCCCGCAGUCUGGCCGCCCUUGUUCAGGGCCGCUGCCUGCCACGUUUGCCGCAGCACCCCAAGCAGCGCCCGCGCGGCCCCGCACGGGCACCCGACUCGCUACUGGACCCGAGCCUGCUUCCGCUGGCAGAGGCAGCGGGCAAGGCGCUCAGCCCCGCCGGCCGGCGCUCCUCCUCCGGCGGCCCGUCAGACGACAACUUGCUGCGCCGCAGCGUGAGUUGGGUGUCAUCUGGGGUGUCCAAGGCGAGGAUCCGGAGCCGGGAGUGCGGGUCACUGCAGGGCCUACCGCCGCCGCAAUCGCGUGCAGCAGCAGGAGGAGCAGUAGCAGCAGGAGGAGGAGGAGGAGG